GACACAUCCAAUAAGAUACGUUCAUUUCCUUGUCAUUCAAUGUUCUAAUUUGAGCCUUUUAUGUGUAUUUUUGAGUAUGACACUGAAACGAGUGACUUAAUUCCUGGCAAGAUUGUCAAGAAGAAGAGGAUAAAAGGGGCUUUUAUUUUAUCAAAGCCCAUUAGUAUGUUAGACACUUGGAAUGAUUAUUCUAACAAGGAGCUUAUGGCUCAGCGUGAGAAGGCUGCGCUCGAGGGAAAAUCUGUUGCGGAUUUAUUCCCUAAUAGGUUAUGGGAGUCAUGCCAAGAGCGCGAGAUAAAUCCUUGGCUGUUGAGGGAGAAAAAACCAGAUCAUAUACCAGUGAAUGUGAAGAAGGAUCCAAGCAGUAAAAUUCCUAACAUUUGCGUGAAGAAAUUCCAUGUCCAUUGCGGUUUGCCUCUGAGCGAAUUUACUGAUUUUAUUCGGAUUCGAAUCGGGUUGAAAGAAGGAUUGUCAUGGGAAAAGCCUUUGUUUCUCUAUUUCAAGAACACUGAUCCUCCCGCCAGUACCUUGAUGUAUGUAAUCGAUAAGGAUAAUCAGGAUGAUGAUGGAUGUCUUAACAUCACCUACGCUGAACAAGACAAGGGCAAAGGAAAACCGGAUCAGCUGGACAGCCGAACAGAGAACCUUUUCCGUAGCUGCAAGAUUCCAGGAGUUACUGUUAUUCCGAGACCCAUUGAACCAUUGGAACUCUUCAUUUUACAAGGUCAUUUUUGGAAAAGUACAAAGAAUACACUAUAAAUGCUUGGAAAUUGAGGGAUAGCCAACCAGAUCUUGUCCCGGUUAGCGUUGAGAAGCUUGCAGGGAGUAACAUUCCUGGCUUGGAGAUGACAAAGUACCACGUCCUUCGUGAUGUGCCUCUCAAAAAAAUGUCAUACGUUACGAAGUCGGUCAGAAAAAGAGGGAAGAGAAAUAAGUAAGUUAUAUUGCUUGUCUAUGUGAAGGGGUUCGCACACAGAUUUAUUGCCUAUACUGUGUUUGUGACUGCAGAUUCCAAGUUCAUUUCGAUUUGCCUCUGAGCGAAUUUAUUGAGUUUAUUCGGAUUCGGAUUGAGUGGAAAGUAAAUGAAGUGAGAUUUGUAUUAUUAUGCAGGGGUUGCUGCGUGGCCUUCUUUUCACAAUGGCCUUUAAAUUUGUUCUCCGAAUGUGAAGUGAGGACAAACAACUGGAUUUGGAGAUCUGUUAUCUACUUUUCCUCACUUGGAUUUAUCAUGAUUGUGAUCAUUCCAUCAUGGAUGCGGUUGGUUCAGGAUUUUCAUAUGCAUCCCUUGUUAUGGGUACUUCCAUUUAUUUUUUCAGAACCACUUAAGAGAUUAUCUUUGUGUGCCAACUGGAUCUGUAUGAUAAUUAUUUCUGUUAUGACGUUCUACAACAUUUCUUGAUCUUUCAUUUGGCAUGUGGCGGUCACAAUAUUAUGAGUUAGCCUCUUUCUUGGCAUGUGGCGGUCAUGAUUGUUGAUCGGCUGCUCAUGUUCUUUCUCAUUCAUUCAUAAAUUAUGAGUUAGCCUCUUGAAUUGUUGUAGUGCCUAUCAUUGUAAGAGAAUCAUGACCGCCACAUGGUGUUUUCGUUAUGUAAAAAGGUUUUUUA